AUGGUCUCCACGAGCGACAUCCUCCUCAACAACACCUCACUGCUCAGUCCCGGCAGCGGCCCCGUCUGCGCGCUGGUCGGGUGCACCGAGGGAAUUGGGCUGGCGACGCUGCACGCGGUGCUGCGCCACACGUCGGCGCCGACCAUCUACCUCGUCGGAGAAACUGCGCGCCUCGAGACGCUCAAGACUUCGGUCCAGAGCCUCAACGCGGCCGCGAACAUUGUCCCGAUCGCUGGCGGUGGCGCCGUCUCCGACGAGGACUCGAAUCUGGUGUCAUAUGCGCAGGAUGCUGCGCGGGAGAUCGUCGCUUUGAACCCGGCCAGGCUGGACCUGUUGAUCAUGUCUUCGACGACGUCGUCGUCGUCGUCCCUCACAGGAAAAGGCAUCGACCGCAUCAUCUGCGCCGAGUACUACGCGCGCAUGCGCAUCCUGGUCACACUGCUCCCGCUCCUGCGCCUGGCGGCGUCUCCUCGCGUCGUCACCGUCCUCGCCGGCGGACGAGAAGGGUGGGUCAACGUGGACGAUCUCGGCACGACACGGACGACAGAACCCUCCACCACAGCCGCCGCGGCGACCAUGACGACGCUGUUCUUCGAACACCUCGCCACACAGGCCGAGAACGACAAGAUCGUCUUCCUGCACGUCAAUCCGGGCGUUGUCUUCGGGGGUAUCGACACGAGCGUCGACGAGGCUGGCGAGAGAGUCCUCUUCGGCGCGACGAACGGACGGUUCCGCCGCGUCCGGGACCCUGAGCGCGCAAGGGGCACGCUCAUCCAGCAGGGCAGCAAUGGCGUCUUGGGUAGCGGCGUGUAUCUCGUCAAUGGGGACUCGAGCGUCGUCGAAGGCGGCGGGAACGAGGAGUUGAAGAGGUUGAGAAGUGACGCAGGUGGUAAUGCCGCGCACAAGGUCUGGAAGUAUACCAUGGGGCCGAGUGUGUAG